GUUGGGUGCAUGUCUAUAUAUACAUAUUAUGUAGUAAAGCAAAUUAAAACUACUCUUAAAAAUCUCGGGUGAUAUACCAAUUGUCUUCACUGGUCCUGUUGCUUAACGUACACUUCAUUGCUACUGGUCUUGAUCAAUCAACACCUGAAUCUAUUCUUGUGUUUUUGCUGCUAUGUAUAAUACUUGUGAAUGGAAGAGUUUUUACUCUUGGGCUCAAAGAAGAUGCCAACAUGUCUGGGUCCUGCAUUGAGAAGGAGAGGCAAGCGCUGUUGAUCCUUAAAAGCCACCUUGAUUUGUUUGGAUCUCUGGAUGAUUGGGGAAGCGAAGAAGACAAGACAGAUUGCUGUCAAUGGGUGGGCGUUCAUUGUAACAACGACACUGGGCAUGUGAUCAGACUUGAUCUUCAUGAUAAAGGGUUAAACGGAUCCGUGUCUCUUUCCCUUGGAGAUUUGACUUCUCUUACACAUUUAGACCUCUCUAGUAACAAUAUAACUGGAAAUUUGCCCAAUACUGUGUUUCAACUUUCAAAUCUUUUUUAUCUUAAUGUUAGUGACAACUCUUUGAACGGAAGCAUUCCCGAGUUGACAGGAUGUUCAUCCGUGUCAACCUUAGACCUCUCUAGUAAUAAUUUUACUGGAGAUUUGCCCAGCAGUGUGGCUCAGCUUUUAUAUCUUGAUUAUCUUGAUGUUAGUCACAAUUCUUUCAGCGGAAGCAUACCUGACUUCACUCGAAGUCCAUCCCUAUCGAUCUUGGACCUCUCAAGUAAUUGUUUUACUGGAGAUUUGCCCUACAAUGUGGGCCAACUUACACAUCUUUAUUAUCUUGAUAUCAGUCACAAUUUUGUAAACGGAAACAUUCCUGACUUCACGGGAUGUCCAUCGAUGUCAACCUUAGACCUGUCUCAUAAUAACCUAAGUGGACACUUUCCCAUCAGUGUCGGUCAUCUUUUAAAUAUUAGUUAUCUUGAUGUUUCAUCCAAUAAUAUUACUGGAGUUUUGCCCAGCAGUGUGGGUCAGCUUUUAUAUCUCGAUUAUCUUGAUGUUUCAUCCAACUCCCUUAAUGGUGUAAUCUCUGACCUUCAUUUUCAAAAUCUCACCCAGUUAACUUAUUUGGAUUUGUCUUUCAAUUCUUUUUCACUUGAUCAGUUGAGUGCCAUUCCUUCUCAAUUGGAGACAAUUAGAUUGCAAUCCUGCACUUUGGGGCGCAUUUUCCCUUCCUGGCUCAAAACUCAAAAAAGUUAUAGAUAUCUUGAUAUUUCAAGUGCCGGAAUAUCAGAUAACAUUCCUUCAUGGUUCUGGGAUCAGCUACCAUCUGGAUUGAGAUUUCUGAACAUCUCUUCAAAUGAUAUAAAAGGUGUGCUACCAGAUAUAGUGACAGACUUUGACGAGCAUCCUGGAAUGGAUUUGAGUGACAAUCAAUUUGAAGGUAGAGUACCACGGUUGCCUUCUAAACUCGCAGCAAUAAACCUUUCUGGAAACAAGCUCUCUGGAAACCUCUCUUUCUUGUGUAGAAUUGAUAAGGAAAUAAGUUUGAUCCAACUCUCGAACAAUGUAUUCACAGGGAGCCUUCCAGAUUGUUGGUCGAAUUUCCAAAAAACCUAA